CGUCCAGGCGCUCCCGUCAGGCAGUGCGAGGCGCGCGGGUUACGGAGGGCGGAGGCGGCGGUUCCUGUGAGAAGCUAGCGGCGCUUCCUCAGGUGACUGACGCGGGCCUCGGUUCUGGGCGCCGGGGUGUGGGACUGGAGGAGUGGCCGCGAUCCCCGACUGCACCCCGCUGCCUCUUCUUUUCCUGCGCUUCUGGGGACUCCUUCCAGGAGCUCCGGCAGCUGCCCGGGCAUCACGGCCCGGCCCGCGGAACGAGGAGCUGGGGUGGGGGCUGCGCAGGCCCGGUUGUCCCGGCGUCUGCAGCUCGGUGUGGACGGCGAUUUGGUGGGCUUCUGCGGUUGUUUUGUUAGCGUGCUUAGGUGUCACAGCUGGGUGACUCUCGGAAGGAAGGUUUUGCCGCUGGCGCGUCUGGUGUAUCGCGGCCUCGGGGCCGCGGAUCCCUGGGCCUGACGCCGCCUCUGGGGUUCGCGCGGCCCCGGCGUCGGGGCUGCCUCAGCGCUGGCUGAAGGCCGGCCCGAAGCGCCCUUAAUUGUGACCGCGCGCUGCCCUGCUGCUCCUGCUGUUCUCCGCGCCGCGGUAGUGGACUCUGGAGGUAGAGCCUUGCCCGACGAGUCGUUGAGGAGGAAUCAUUAUAGAUUCUAAAAAUAGAUUUUCCCUUCUCUGUGGACUUGGUAUACGUAGCUUUUUUCUAUUUGGAUUUAUUUUCUAAAAAUCAACACCGUAAACCCAUAUCAGAUGCAACAAAAUUGGGGUAGUUAAACCAUGAGUUGUGGAAAUGAGUUUGUGGAAACAUUAAAAAAAAUUGGUUUUCCCAAAGCUGAUAAUCUUAAUGGAGAAGACUUUGACUGGUUGUUUGAGGGCAUUGAAGAUGAAUCGUUUCUGAAGUGGUUUUGUGGGAAUGUGAAUGAACAGAAUGUGUUGUCUGAAAGAGAAUUGGAAGCUUUUAGCGUUCUUCAGAAAUCAGGCAAGCCCAUCCUAGAAGGGGCGGCGUUGGAUGAAGCUCUUAAAACGUGUAAAACUUCUGAUUUGAAGACACCUAGACUGGAUGACAAAGAGCUGGAGAAAUUAGAGGAUGAGGUUCAAACUCUACUGAAAUUAAAGAACCUAAAAAUUCAGCGGCGUAAUAAAUGUCAAUUGAUGGCUUCAGUAACUAGCCACAAAUCUCUGAGGUUAAAUGCUAAAGAAGAAUCAGCCACUAAAAAGCUGAAGCAGAGUCAAGGAAUUCUAAAUGCAAUGAAUACUAAGAUCAGUAAUGAACUUCAGGCUCUUACUGAUGAAGUUACACAAUUGAUGAUGUUCUUCAGACAUUCUAAUUUAGGUCAAGGGACAAAUCCACUGGUAUUUUUAUCGCAAUUUUCCUUGGAAAAAUACCUAAGUCAGGAAGAGCAAAGCACAGCAGCAUUAACUUUGUAUACCAAAAAACAGUUCUUUCAGGGUAUACAUGAAGUAGUUGAAAGUUCAAAUGAAGACAAUUUUCAACUUUUAGAUAUACAGGCACCAUCUAUUUGUGAUAAUCAAGAAAUCCUUGAGGAGAGACGACUAGAGAUGGCUAGACUGCAGCUGGCAUACAUUUGUGCUCAACAUCAAUUAAUUCACUUGAAAGCAAGUAAUUCAAGCAUGAAGUCAAGUAUAAAAUGGGCAGAGGAGAAUCUUCAUAGCCUAACCAGCAAGGCUGCAGACAAAGAAAAUUUAGAUACUAAAAUUUCUAGCUUGACCAGUGAGAUUAUGAAACUUGAAGAACAGAUCACUCAAAUAAAAGACAGAAGUUUACCUGCUGUGGUAAGAGAGAAUGCCCAGUUAUUGAAUAUGCCAGUGGUAAAGGGAGAUUUUGAUCUGCAGAUUGCUAAACAAGAUUAUUACACAGCAAGACAAGAGUUAGUUUUAAAUCAAUUAAUAAAACAAAAGGCAUCAUUUGAACUUCUACAGUUAUCGUAUGAAAUUGAAUUAAGAAAGCAUUGGGACAUAUAUCGUGAACUUGAAAAUUUGGUUCAAGAACUUAGUCAAAGUAACAUGAUGCUCUACAAGCAAUUAGAAAUGUUGACAGAUCCAUCAGUUUCUCAGCAGAUAAAUCCAAGGAAUACCAUUGAUACUAAGGAUUAUUCUACUCAUAGGCUUUACCAACUUUUAGAGGGAGAGAAUAAGAAAAAAGAAUUGUUUCUAACUCAUGGAAACCUUGAGGAAGUGGCUGAGAAAUUGAAACGGAAUGUUUCUUUAGUACAAGAUCAGUUGGCAGUAUCUGCUCAAGAACAUUCUUUCUUUCUGUCCAAACGGAAUAAGGAUGUGGACAUGCUUUGUGAUGCUUUGUAUCAAGGAGGAAAUCAGCUUUUGCUUAGUGAUCAGGAGUUAACAGAGCAGUUUCAUCAAGUUGAAUCUCAACUGAAUAAGCUAAAUCAUCUCCUCACUGAUAUUCUUGCUGAUGUGAAGACAAAAAGAAAAACUUUGGCAAAUAAUAAAUUACAUCAAAUGGAAAGAGAAUUAUAUGUAUAUUUUUUAAAAGAUGAAGAUUAUCUGAAAGAUAUUGUGGAGAAUUUAGAAACUCAAUCAAAGAUUAAGGCUGUUAGUCUUGAAGAUUGAAAAUUACUGGAAACCGAAUCUUUAUUACAUGUGCUCUUUUAUUUAUUAGGAGGAGACUGUGUAUAAUAAACACUACUAAAUUUUUAAAAUUUGAGGUCAAUGGGACAUUUCAUUUGAUGAAUUCAAGUAUUAUAUUAAUUUGGUUUUUUUUUUUAUGUGGUACAUUCAGAGUACCAGUGCUUUUUAUGAAUUGAGCAUGUUAGUGGUACUUAGUCCUGGUAAUUUUUUACUUACUGGGAAAAAGCAUUAUUACAUAAUGCAAAUAUUUUUAAAUACAGUUAUCUCUCUCCUUUACUUUCUUUUUAGAAAUAGAAAUUUUCUGCUGUUAAAUUUUUUUUUUUUUUUUUUUUGAGAUGGAGUCUCACUCUGUGUCCAGGCUGGAGUGCAGUGGCACGAUCUUGGCUCACUGCAACCUCCACCUCCCAGGUUCAAGCAAUUCUCCUGCCUCAGCCUCCCGGGUAGCUGGGACUACAGGCGCGCACUGCCACGCCUAGCUAAUUUUUUGUAUUUUUAGUAGAAAUGGGGUUUCUCCAUGUUGACCAGGAUGGUCUCCAUCUGCUGACCUCAUGAUCCCCUCUCCUCGGCCUCCCAAAGUGCUGGAAUUACAAGCGUGAGCCAUCACUCUCAGCCGCUAUUAAAUAUUUUAAAAUGUGUAGAAUUUCUAGUCAGCAUUUUUAAAUCUGUAGACCUUAAUAUGUGAAAGAGCCAGGUCCCCUCAUGUUUGACUGUCAGAUAAAAUUUUGCUGCUCAAAUUGUAUUACUCCAUAAUUCCCUGCUAUGGACCUUUAGACUGUUUUAAUGUCCCUACUUGUACCGCAGAGUAUUAGGACUUCGUUGGCCAUCAUUCAUUUUAGAGUCUGAAUUCUGGGGACUCAAAAGUUUUCUACAAGACAGCUCAGCAGUGCGUUGACUUUAAUAUGACUUACACAUCAUAAAUGACUUUCAAAUGAAAUUUGAAUUUCGAAAUUCUGUAAAAGUGGUUGUUCAAAAGAUGUAUGAUACUGUUUUAAUCAGUUUAAGAGCAAAAAUGUUUAAUUAUAUUUAAUAAUGGUAUUUGGGCAACCAAAAAAUAAGGGUUGGUCUAAAAUAAUGUGGAGUACCUCAUCUGUUAUUACAUCAGAUGCUUCUGGAGUGCCUAAUUUAUACGUGGCCUGUGACAAAUACCAUGUGAGCUUUGUAGGAAUAUCUUUAAGAAUAUUUCUCACCUGUUUGUAAUAUGGAGUGCCAAUCUAAAAACUACAUGUUUUGGGUGGUCUUUGUGGAAUUUUUUAGCUAUAACCAUCAGAAAACAGGCAUACCUGGAUGACAGAUGAACCCUCUUGAUUUUUGAAACCCAUCAAACAAAAAUAUUUUCCAGUUACUGUGUUUGUUAUUUAAAACCUUAAUUUUGUAGCAAUAAAUUUUGUUUACAAUUUUGCUAUCAGCUCCAUAUCACCUGAGCAACAUAUUUGUUGUAUGUAUUUUUUUCUAUUCUAUCUUGGGAUAAAGAGUUUACUUAAAAUUUUUCUUUUCUCCAAUAAUGUGGAAAAUAUGUCAUCUGGUUUCCUGGUUUAUGGUAGCAAAUUCUGUUUAUAUUAGUGUCAGAUAUUUAGAUGUGUGGCCAAACGCUUGAUUUAUUUAAUUAGUUGAUUAAUUUUUUGAGACAGAGUCUAAGUCUGUCACCCAGGCUGGAGUUGAGCAGAACAAUCUCAGCUCACUGCAACCUCUGCCUCCCAGGUUCAAGUGAUUCUCCUGCUUCAGCCUCCUGAGUAGAUGGGAUUGUAGGUGUGCACCACUGCACCUGGCUGAUUUUUGUAUUUUCAGUAGAGACAGAGUUUCACCAUGUUGGUCAGGCUGGUCUCACACUCCUGACCUCAAGUGAUCUACCCGCCUUGGCCUUCCAGAAUGCUGGCAUUACAGGUGUAAGCCACCAUGCCCCUGCUCAGUUGCUUGAUUUAUACUGUCCCUACCCAAGCCUUCGCUUGCUCAGCCCAGGGGACCAGCAGGACUGAUCAAGGCAGGGAUAGUAGUUGUGUGUCUGCCGUAAUUACCCAAGUUAGUUAUAAUCAUUGUGUUACUAGGUAUGUUUAUUUGAAGAUUUAUUUUGUUUUGUUUUUAUUUUUUGAGACGGAGUUUCGCUCUUGUUGCCCAGGCUGGAGUACAUUGACGUGAUCUCAGCUCACUGCAGCCUCCGCCUCCUGGGUUCAAGUGGUUCUCCUGCCUCAGGCCUCCUGAGUAGCUGGGAUUACAGGCGCCACCAUGCCCGGUUAAUUUUUCAUAUUUUUAGUAGAGACGGGAUUUCAUGUUGGCCAAGUUGGUCUCUAACUCCUGACCUCAGGUGAUCCAUCUGCCUCGGCCUACCAAAGUGCAGGGAUUACAGGCAUGAGCCUAUUUGGAGAUUUAAUAUCAUUUUUCAAACCUCAGGAAGUAUUUGAGUAGAUCGUUUGCUUCUAAAUUGGUUACCUAGAAAAUAAGUUCUUUAUCUAUUUACUAUGAUACCUGGAUUGAGCCUCUAGCUAUUUUGCUUUUUGCUUUCUAUCUGUAUUAUUGGAUGAUUGAUGCCUAUUUUCUAUGGUUAUGAAUAUAGACAUUUUAAAUGAAAGUCUUGGUAUAUCAAUUUUUCAAAAUAAUUGUAUUUCUUGUUUUAAAGUCUUCGAAUUAAUAUAUGGGAUUUAUCUUAUGUUAAUCUUACAUUUAGGAUUUUGUGAAAAUGGAAAAUUAUGAGGCAUUGGUAGGCUUUGAUCUCUGUAAUACACCGCUCUCCACUGUUGCUCAGAAGAUUAUGUCUGCUAUGCAUUCAGGUGAUUUAGUGGAUUCUAAGACUUGGGGAAAGAGUACAGAGAGUAAGUAAUUCUUAUGAACCUUUCUCUCUCUUGAUACUUUGAAUGUUAGUUGUUCUAAAGACUAAGAAUUGAAAAUGGAAUGCACGUAGACAGAUGAACCCCAGCUUCUGCCCCUUUUACACUCACUCAGUGCCGACUGAGCUUCUGCUUGCUAACUUUCAUGUUCCCUUAACCUUCAUUGCUUUAAAAAUGUAACACUCUCUUCCUUAUUCCAGGUAUUUCUGUCAAACAUUCCCUUAGAAUCUGGAUCAGGUAUUUUAGUAUCUUUGAAAGAGAUGCUUUAAUCUUGGUUCUCAGGUCAUCAAACCUGUACAUAGUAUUUGCUAUUGUGUGUGGUGAACAAGAGAUAUGUUUUUGACAAUGUGUGUAUUAUACUGCUAUAGAAAUGUAAACUCUUAGGUGGCAAGGAUUAUUGGAUCAGUGUAUGUGGGUUUAUGACGUGGUAUAAUAGUAAAAGCAGUGGGGCCGGGCGCGGUGACUUACGCCUGUAAUCCUGACACUUUAGGAGGCCAACGCAGGCGGAUCAUGAGGUCAGGAGAUCGAGACCAUCCUGGCUAACACAGUGAAAACCUGUCUCUACUAAAAAUACAAAAAAUUAGCCUGGUGUGGUGGGCACCUGUAGUCCUAGCUACUCGGGAGGCUGAGGCAGGAGAAUGGCAUGAACCCAGGAGACAGAGCUUGCAGUGAGCUGAGAUCUCCAGCCUGGGUGACAGAGCGAGACUGUCUC